GUCCUAUCCAAUCGAAUCCUCGUGUUUCCUGACAGGCAUCACUAAAAGCCAAUAGGAAGAGAAAUCCAGGGGUGGGACUUAUUUUUCUUGUUACAGUCGAAGCCUCUGCAGAUCUUGAAGGACAUUCAUUGCCUUGGUACAGAGCUUGGCAGAAUCAAACAUGGGAGGACACGAUGCAGGAACUCACCAUCAGUUCACUGGUAUCCAGAAAUACUUCAAUGCAUACACAAUUACAGGCCGGCGAAAUUGUGUGCUGCUUACAUAUGCAGGAAUAGCAAGUCUUGUACUUUUCUUCAAACUUAAACCAAAGAAACAGAAGCCUGCAAUUACAGACAAAUAAUGGAUCUGUGGACCUAUGACUAGAAUACGAACCAUCUGUGUAUGUGGAAACUCUCAUCCCAAUUGACAAUAAAAUAAGUUUUGUGGACUUGUAUUCUUUUAUUUACAAAAUUGUUUAAAAAAAAAAACAAACCUGUACAAAAGGAGGCAGUGAUGUCCCACCUGUAAUUCACUUAACAGUUCAGCAUAGCACUGUUGGAGGUAUAUAUUUAAAUAAAUCUUCACUGUAACUUGUCA